AUGCUUAUUCAAUCUCUCAAGAACAUCAAUGAAAAUCGAAAUAUCCUUCCAGGAGUCAAGAUAGGUGUGGAUGUGCGUGACACCUGCUGGUUUGAACCAAUUGCUCUGGAACAGUGCAUGGAUUUUAUCAGAACAGCAUUUAUAUACAAGGAGUACGAAGACUGCCUAGAGGCAAAUGACAAUUCUGAGUAUAUUUGCACACCACCUGGAACUUCUAAUCAUUAUUUUGAAAAGCCUAUUGCGGCCUUAAUCGGACCAGGUUCCAGCGAAAUGUCAAAGCAGGUUCAACAAGUACUCCAACUAUUCGACAUUCCACAAAUUGGCUACUCAGCAACAGCAGCAUCACUAAGUGACCCAAUUGAAUAUCGAACCUUUAUUCGAGUUGUACCAUCCGAUGCACUACAGGUGAAGGUUAUUGCAUCAAUCCUCCGAUAUUUUCAGUGGACGUAUGUGAUUUUGGUGAAUUCCAAAGGUAAACUUUUGCAAUGA